UUUAGUAGGUUUGACAACAGUCACAAACGGGAGCCGAAAAAUGGCGAAAGAUUUCAACGAUGUGUUAAACGAUGUUGCAUUUACAGAAAAUAGAUAUAGACAAAUGGGAUUUACACGUGGCUUUAGUCUUGGAGAAGAAGCUGGUUGGAGAGAUGGUUACAGUUAUGGAUUACAAAGAGGAGCACAGAUUGCAUCUGAACUUGGAUUUUAUCAAGGCUUUGUUCAUGCAUGGAUAACAGUUUUAGAAAGAGAAGAGAGUUCUAAACAAAGAAAGCUAAUUGCUCUAAGGUCACUGUUAGAAAUGACAAAAAAUUUUUCUCAGACAAGUAUGCAUGAAGAAGAAUCCACAGAACGAUUACAAAAAAUCCGAGCCAAAUUCAAACAGGUGGUCUCUCUUUUGAACAUAAGUGGUGAAAGUUCGGAAGUACCUCCAGAAAACCAACGACCUGAAAUGUCUUUCUGAUAUCUAUGUCAGGUUUACUCAUACAGAAUGCUCAAAGAUCUUGAAAUUAUAGCAAACUGUAGAAUUGGAAAUUUAUCUGACAUGUUAAGAUUCAUAACACUUCCACUUGCUGAAGAUUGAGUAGGGCAUUAUAAAAUUUCUAAAUUUAACAAUUCCUAUUUAUAUUUUUAUUAUAAGAUUCCUUAUUUUAUAUAAUUUGUAAACUAAUUUAUAAAUAAAAUAUUUUUAUUUUAAAUGAGAAAUAUCAG